AACUGUGUUCAAGCUCGAGGCAACCCGCUCAUGGGCGUCUUUCGGAACGAGGUCAACCUGGGCAUGAACGGGUAUGUGGUGCGGAAGCGAACGCGACUAGGAGACACGGAGAAUGAACAAGAAGCGGCGACCGAUAGAAGAGUCACGGAGAACCACUACCCCUCCGACGACAAUCCCUACGACUCGCUCUACCCGGUGGAUGAUCGAGGAAAAACGAAGGAGCUCGACCCGGAGUCCCAGGAGGUCUCCGCGAAGGAGAUGUUCGACUCCACCGUCUCCAUAUUGUUCCAGGCCAUGCGCAUGGAGGGGAGCACGGUGCCCGGGUCCCAAUUCAGUACGACCGGUGUUAGAUUCGAUGAAGGAAGGAACCUGGGGGACAUUGCGGGCCGGCCCGACGGCAAGGCUUAUAAGAACGUCCCGAACGAGCCGGACCGGGGCGGCCUGGGGAGCAGCUUCCAAACGAAGGUCGACGGAAAUUCGAUGGACGCCGACUACCUGGGCUACGCGGGUCUAACGAAGGAAAAUACGUACUCCGAGACGACGGGGCCGCCCCAGGUGAUGGCUUUUCCGUGGCUGCCCUUCUUUAGUAAUUGUCGGGGCUUCGAUAGUCAGGUCGCUUAUAGUAAACUCCUGGAAACGCACGAGGACUGUCGCCUGUCGAAGCACGAGGACACGCGGUUCAUCUACGAUUUUGACCCGUUAGAACAGCUCUUAACGAAGGGCAUGUGGGAGUCGGACGCCGUCGCCGACAUCUGCGUGCACGACCGCGCGCUCGCGGCGUCUUGA